AUGCUUAUUGGUUCAGGAACCAGCUUAUCUUUAUUUUCUAUUGGAUCAAUAAAUUUAUCUGAAAACGGAAAUGAUUUGUAUUUACAAAAAACUAGACUGGGUUGGAUAAUUGGGGGUGGUUUAGAUAUUUCUACUAAAUCUCGAACAUCAGUUGAUCCGAAAUGCAUGUUAUCUGAUUUAAAAAAUUUGAUAGAAACUUUUUGGUUUGUCGAAGAAAUUUCAAAUACAUCUUUUCUUUCUGUCGAGGAAGAAGAAUGUGAGACACAUUUCAAGAAACAUGUAACACGUAAUGAGAUUGGUCAAUACAUCGUAGCUUUACCUUUUAAAAAUAAUAUAAAAUUUACGGGAGAAUCAAAACAACAUGCAUUAAAAAGUCUCACUUCAUUACAAAAAAAAUUUAGAAUUGAUAAUGAAUUUAAAUUAAAGUAUGAAGCAGUUAUGCAAGAGUACCUUGAUUUAAAACAUAUGACACCACUUACAUCAAAAAUCGAUCACGAUGGUUUUUAUUUACCCCAUCAUGCAGUUUUCAAAGACACAAGUAACACUACUAAAUUCAGAGUAGUUUUUAAUCCGUCUGCCGUGACUUCUUCAGGAAUUUCACUAAAUGAAACUCUAAUGGUAGGCCCUACUAUACAAGAUGAUCUAUUUUGUUUAUUAAUUCGAUUCAGACUUUACAAAUUCGUUCUAUUAGGUGAUAUUGAAAAAAUGUACCGACAAUUUUUAAUUCGUGAAGAAGAUCGAAAAUAUCAAAAAGUUUUGUGGUUAGAAAAUGAUGAAAUAAAAGAAUUUCAAUUAAACAGAGUUACUUUCGGUUUUGCUCCUGCAUCUUUUUUAGCAAUCCGAUGCGUGCAUCAGUUAAUUGAAGAUGAAGGAACAAAUUUUCCAUUAGCCUCCAGAAUUCUUAAAAAAGAUUUAUACAUUGAUAAUCUUAUCACUGGUACAUUUACUGUUCAAGAAGCAUUAGAAGUUUAUAUAACUAACAUAUUAGAUUUGGCUAAAUUAAAUAUGAGACAAUGGGCUUCUAAUUCUAUGGAUAUAUUAGAUGGAAUAGAUAAGAAAAAUCUCGAUAAUGAAUUAAAUUUAAAUAAUGAUUCCGUUUUAAAAACUCUCGGUAUGUAUUGGAAAGCUAAAGAAGAUGCAUUCAUUUAUCGAGUUAAAAUUGAUUUAACAACCAAUAAAAUAACUAAAAGAUUUAUUCUUUCUGAAAUAGCUAAAUUAUUUGAUCCUUUGGGUCUUCUCGGUCCCAUUAUUUUCUAUGCAAAAUUAAUCAUGCAAGAAUUGUGGCAAUUAAAAGUUACAUGGGAUGAAUCAGUACCCUCUUCAAUUCAUUACAAUUGGACUGAAUUUUACAAUCAACUUAAUUCUCUAAAAAACAUUAAGUUCCCAAGACAAAUUUUAAUCGAUGAUUUCAAAACGAUCGAAUUACAUGGUUUCUCUGAUGCUAGUGAGAAAGGUUAUGGAGCUUGUUUAUAUAUACGUAGUGAAAAUGAUGAAGGGAAAUGUCAAUGCUCUCUUUUAUGUUCCAAGUCUCGUGUCGCUCCUCUAAAAAAACUCACUAUACCUAAAUUAGAAUUAUGCGGAGCAUUGUUGUUGACAAAUUUAUAUACGAAGGUCAUAAAAUCUAUUCCUAUUAAUAUAAAAUCGACAACUUUUUGGACUGAUUCUGAAAUAGUUUUACAUUGGUUACAUUCUAAUUCUAAUUCAUUAAAAACAUUUGUUGCUAACAGAGUUUCUGAAAUACAAAGUAAAACUAAAAUAAAUCAAUGGUAUCAUAUUCGUUCAAAGAAUAAUCCUGCUGACAAACUAUCACGUGGUUUAUUACCCGAAAAAUUGGUUACUGACAAUUUAUGGUUCAAUGGUCCAGAUUGUUCUUGCGAGAGUCUUCUUCGCCUUCUCAAGGGCCGUCCUGAAGACUCCGCAUCCUCCGCUGCCUGCAAUAUGGGUGGUUGA